AUGCAGCCAUUGUCUUUUGAGACAAUAACCAUCGAUCCAAGCACCACAAAUGUAUUGGUACCAACAAAUGUAUCGAGAAGUGCUUCGGAAGAAUACAGCGAAGUAACAUCAUAUCAAAAUUCGAAACAUUCAUUCACGGAACUCAUUGACAAUGAACUCGACAAUGAACAAGUCCAGUCGAUGCCAGAAGCUGUUGCUCAGAACAAUAUUCUACUGAAUCCCGUCAACGAAUCAAAUAGUUUAACAGCAGCAAGCACAAGUUCAAGCACCUCAUCUGAUUCUAGCAAUAGCUCAUCAGAUUCUAGCAACGAUCUACCGGUGGCAAAAAAUACUACAUCUACUGAUUUAUCAGCACUUUCAACAGUAUCCAACAACACUCAAGGUGCUAUUAAAUACUUACUGCAAGGAGCAGUACAUAAUAUGGAAGAUAAUCAAGAGGGUAAUGUUGCGAGAAUAGGACGAAAAAGAAAGUCGAAUUGCAAUAAAUGGGCAUGCGUACAAGCUGAGAUUUCGAGGAAUAGUGGAAAGUCGUAUACCUCAAAGCACAAGAAAGUUGUGCCCGGUAGGUCACUGAAACCACCAUGUGGUGAUAAAUGUAAAUUGAAAUGUACCAGUAAAAUAUCAGAUGCACAGCGAAAAGAGCUUUUUGAUAACUAUUGGGCCAUGGCAGAUUUGCAAAGACAAAGCGAAUUCAUACUACGACACAUCUCAACUGUUACGCCAAGAUAUUCCUAUAAAGUUCAUAACAGCAACCGAGGAAACAACAACGCAUUCUAUUUAACGGUGGAUCAAAAGAGAAUCAGAGUCUGCAAACAAUAUUUCAGAGCCACGUAG